AUGAAGUUCUCCCUCUCCAUCACCACCCUCGCCCUGGCCCUCACAGCCUCCGCCUCCCCCAUCAGCGAGACGCAGGAGCCCGCCGCCGCCGCCAUCUCCGGCUCCGGCACCAACGGCUCCAUCUUCAUGUUCGGCUCCGCCGCCAACUGCCGCCAGAUCUUCUACGACUUUGGCGCCUGCGGCCUCAGCACCUUCUUCGCCGACCAGGUCCCCGCCAGCAUGUCCCUCGUCGCCAUCCCCUCGGGCAUCUUUGACCAGUUUGGCGAGGCGCAGGACAACAGCCUCUGCGCAAAGGUCAUUACCAUGACGCACAACGGCGUGACGAGGCAGGCGAUUGUUGCGGAUGAGAAUACGAGCGGCGAGCAGUCUAUUGACAUGUGUCUGGAUCUGUGGGAGGCGUUUGGCGGGCAUGAUAACGAUGGCUCUUUGAUUACCAACUUUAGCUGGUCGAUUGCAGCGUAA